AGGGCCACCGCCACCCCGCAGCAGAUUUGGAUCCCCCGCCCGGCGAGCCCCAGGCUGCUGCCUCCCGGGGGGUCCCGGCGCAGCGGCCGUCCCCGCCCCCGGAGAGCCCCGCCGCCCCGCCGCCCGGCCCCGAAGACUCCGGCCACGCCAUGGCGGCCACCAAGCCGGGCGAGCUGAUGGGCAUCUGCUCCAGCUACCAGGCAGUGAUGCCGCACUUCAUGUGCUUGGCUGACGAGUUCCCGCAGCCCGUGCGGCCAGCCAAGCUGACCAAGGGCAAGGGCCGGCUGCGGCGGCCGCGCCAGUCCCGCUUCAAGACGCAGCCGGUGACCUUCGAUGAGAUCCAGGAGGUGGAAGAGGAGGGGGUGUCCCCCAUGGAGGAGGAGAAGGCCAAGAAGUCGUUCCUGCAGAGCCUGGAGUGUCUGCGCCGCAGCACGCAGAGCCUGUCGCUGCAGAGGGAGCAGCUCAGCAGCUGCAAACUGAGGAACAGCCUGGACUCCAGCGACUCCGACUCGGCCCUGUGAGAGGCGCUGCAGGCAGCGGGGACUCGGGCGCCUCCGCGGCCCGCGGGGGAAGUAGCGAGCGAACCCCAAGAGGGUCUGCAUUACAGAGACCCCCGAGGACUGGGGACCGCCGCCCUCGCGUGCUUGGACUCCGGCCGGACUGUGAACUGGUCGGUGCGCCCAGAGCUGCGCCAGUCCUGGGUCCGAGCGCGCGGGGGCGCCAGGGACGGGCCGCUUUCUUUGCCCUUGUAAAUGUUUAUUUUUUAACUCUUCCUAGUACGAACUCUGCUGUGAGUGUGCGCGGGGAGGCUCCCCGCUCAGUCGCCCGUGUCCUCAGGGCUUCCUGAAGAGCUGCUCCACUCCCUUGUCCGAUGGGAUGCAACUCCGACUUUGCACACCGCUCCACCACCGUGCCCCCCGGCGCACACCCGUUCACACUCACGCAGAUAUACUCUCGCUGAAUACUUUUAUAACGUUAGGCGCGGCUGAUGGGACUGGGGGUGCAGUGCAGCUGCUGCUGCGACCGGAGGAUUGAUAUUUAUUUUUGCAUUGCGAUGGCCGACGGCGUUUAUUUAACAAUCUUUUUACCUGGAUAUGUCUGUGAGGCUCCCGAUCGGAGACUAAAUAAAGUCAAUAUAUUUGCACACUG